AUGGACUUCUUCUCCGAAGCCAGCGUGCCCGCGGUGGCCAUGGCCUCGGCGCUCGCCGCAGGAGCAGGUGCCUAUUUGAAUGCGAAGUUGUCGAUCUCAACCGAUCUCUCGACACUCUCCAAUGACCGCGCUUUUGGCAAGCGACUGGGCGAGCGCAUCGCUAGUCUCGGCGAGUCGACAACCAUCUACAAGAUGCUCGAGCGGGUGGUCGAGGUAGAUGGCCAAGGCGCUGCUGAUGCGCUCUGGUUUGAACAGAAGACCUGGUCUUAUAGCCAGCUAAAGGAGCUGGUGGAUCGAUUUGCCGCGCUCCUCCACGCGCGAGAGGUCAAAGCCGGUGAUUUUGUGGGCGUCUUCACCACCAAUUCACCUGAGAUGGUGGUUUUGCUGUACGCUCUGUCGAAGCUGGGGGCUGUAGCUGCCAUGAUUAACACCAAUUUACGGGAUGACACUUUCAUUCACUGUCUUAAUGUUUCUGGCUCCAAGUCGAUCAUCUCUACGCCGGACUUGGCGCAGUUUGUCUGUGGCGACCUACCGCACUCCACCUUGAAUCUAUCAUCGUUUGACAGCUCCUCCGCCGGGAAAGUAGAGCUCAUUACUUCAACAGAGCUGCAACAAUUCUCGCCAUCCGGCCUGCGCCCUGCGAAGCGCUCCCCCAAGGACCUGACAGCCCUGAUCUACACAUCUGGAACUACCGGCAAACCAAAAGCCUGUGCAGUACGGAACAUGAUGGCGAUGAUCACCUCUACCCCCUUGUCAACCGACGCCAAAAAUCCAUCCAAAUACUACCCCCUCCGUACAUACUCGUCUUUACCCCUCUUCCACGGCACUGCCUUUUUCACUGGCAUCUGCUACUCUGUCGGUAAUGCAGGAACCCUCUGCCUGCGCCGUAAGUUUUCCGCCUCGCAGUUCUGGAAGGACGUGCACGACUCGCGCGCCACGCGCAUUCUCUACAUUGGCGAACUUUGCCGCUAUCUCCUCUCCACGCCCCCUUCCCCCUAUGACCGCAACCACAGCUGCAUUGCAGCCUCGGGCAACGGUUUGCGCGGUGAGAUCUGGGAGAAGUUCCGCCAGCGCUUUGGCGUACCGGAGAUCCGCGAGUUCUACCGCUCUACUGAGGGCGUGGCGAAGUUCGAUAAUCACGGUGUCAGCGCGUGGGGCGCAGGCAAAGUGGGAUUCUCGGGCCCGAUUCGCCGCCUUCUCGAAGAUGAUACGUUCAUCGUCAAGUAUGAUACCGAGACAGAGAUGCCGUACCGGGACCCGGCUACUGGGUUCUGUGUUCGGGCCCGAUUAGACGAGGAGGGCGAGGCUAUUGGUCGCGUGCGGGACCGUGGUCUGUUGACCGAGUAUUUGUACAAUGACGAGGCUACUGAGAAGAAAUUGCUACGGGAUGUCUUCCAAAAGGGGGAUCUUUUCCAACGAACCGGAGACCUGGUGGUUCAGGACUCUUCGGGUUGGGUCAGAUUCCAGGACCGUGUUGGUGAUACUUUCCGCUGGAAAGGCGAGAACGUUAGUGCUGGUGAGAUUCGGGAUCAUAUUUGCAGGAUUGAGGGUGUACACGAUGCUGUUGUGUACGGCGUGAAACUGGCUGGGUAUGACGGUCAAGCUGGUGCCGCCGGGGUCACGCUGGAAGAGCACUCGCCAGCCUUCGAGGCAGAGUUCACUUCUAACCUCUACAAAGAACUCAAGAGACGGGGUGUUCCCUCUUAUGCCUUGCCUCGUCUUGUCCGUAUUACAGAAAAGGUCGAUACGGGAGUCACAUUCAAACAGGCAAAAGGCGAUUUGGUAAAGAAGGGUUGGGAUCCUCGCAAGGAUUGGGGCGGUGAUUCCUUAUACUGGCUGAAUGGAGACAAGUAUGAGAAACUGGAUGACCAGGGUUGGUCCCAAAUUGAGAGCGGCAGGGCCAAGCUGUGA